AUGGCGCGUGAUGUGCAAGCUGUCAAGGAUGUUGUCAAGUCCAGGCUCGAAGCCACCGGACAGAAAAACAAGGCUGUUACCGACGCACAUCGCCGAGUGAAGGUUUUCAAUGUUGGUAAUUCAGUCAUGGUGUUCCGUCGGAAGGAGAGGUUUCCUGUUGGCACCUAUUCGAAGCUGCAGCCCCACAAGUAUGGUCCUUAUACGGUGGUUAAGAAGAUUAAUGAAAAUGCUUACGUAAUAAACCUGCCGAUCUCUAUGAAUAUCUCCAACACCUUUAAUGUGGCCGAGUUCUCAAAAAUAUCUACGAGUUUCAUGAAGAUGCUGCCAUUUAUCCUGAUAUGA